CGGGCCGUCCGUCCGUUCCAUCCAAAACCCAAACCCCAACGCUCUCCCCAAGGCCGAACACAACAGAUAGCAUUACCUCGAACACAUCGCCGCCGCCUCCUCCUCCCUCGAUCCAUGGCCACCGCCUCGCUCUCCACCCUCUCCUCCGCGGCCGCGGCCACCGCCGGCAGGCGCUUCGUGCUCUCCUCCCCGUCGCUCUCCUUCGCUUCCCGCCGCCUCGCCACCCAGUCCCACCACCUCCGCGCCGCCGCCGCUCCGGGGGCGAGGAGGUUCGCGGCGUCCGCCGCGGCGUCGGCCGCCCCGGUCGUGGCCACCAUCGCGGUCGGCGACAAGCUCCCCGACGCCACGCUCUCCUUCUUCGACCCGGCCGACGGCGAGCUGAAGACGGUGACGGUGGGCGAGCUGACGGCGGGGAAGAAGGCCGUGCUCUUCGCCGUCCCGGGCGCCUUCACCCCGACCUGCUCCCAGAAGCACCUCCCCGGGUUCGUCGAGAAGGCCGGCGAGCUCCGCGCCAAGGGCGUCGACACCGUGGCCUGCGUGUCCGUGAACGACGCCUUCGUCAUGAAGGCGUGGAAGGAGAGCCUGGGACUCGGCGACGACGUGCUGCUGCUCUCCGACGGCAACCUCGAGCUCACCCGCGCGCUCGGCGUCGAGAUGGACCUCUCCGACAAGCCCAUGGGCCUCGGCGUCCGCUCCCGACGCUACGCGCUCCUCGCCGACGACGGCGUCGUCAAGGUGCUCAACCUCGAGGAGGGCGGCGCAUUCACCACCAGCAGCGCUGAGGACAUGCUCAACGCCCUCUGAGCGGUUCAUGAUGGAGCGCCUUCUUCUGCUCUUAAAACAACGUCUUGUCUAGCAGUGAGUGAGUAAUAAUUCCACCAACUCUGGCUCGUGGUGUGACUGUCCUUCGAUGCGUCGCCGUCGUAUAGAGGAUUUUUCUUUUGGUGAACUGUGCGUGCUGUCCAUGUGUUCGAUGAAAUGAUAGUCCAAAAUUUUCCA